AAUAUACACCAGCUUUUGACUAAAAUAAUCUUUCGGGUCAUUAAAAGGUGCCUGUGUGUCCCCCGUAAACCCCGGGAUGAAUGACGGAACAGAGGAAGAGACGGUCCCCGUUGUGAUGGAGUCCUCGUCGUACUCUCAGGUAGUUUUCAACGAUGUUCCUCCAUCAUAUCCGCCAAACAUCGCAGUUAUGUGCCGUUACACUCUCACCGGUGCUCUGGAGCCCAGCCCGAGGGACUGGAUCGGUAUCUAUAAAGUUGGUUGGAGUUCAACACAGAAGUAUUAUACCUACGUGUGGGUGGAACCUUCACUGGACCAUGUUGGACCUGAACCACUAGUGCAACAGGUGGUUUUCAAAGAGAGCUACUUGCCCAAGGAUGAUGGGGAGUUUUACCAGUUCUGCUAUGUGGACAGCUUUGGUCAUGUCAAAGGAGCCAGCACACCAUUCUGCUUUCAGAACCCAGCAGAAGCAAGCCUUGGCUGCAGCUUGGAGAAUGAGCUGUUAGUCAUAACAACACAGGAGCAGGCAGAAAAGAUGGAGAAGGAGAAAGAAGACUUUGUGAAAGAGAUCGAGUCUUUAAAAGAAGCAAAUACGAUCCUGAAAACUGAGUUGGAUGAAAGACUGCAUGAGGUCUGCCAUCUCAGAGGCUCCAUAGAUGAUUUGAAGUCAAAGGAUAUACCAGAAUCACCACUGGCAGAUGUACAGGGUUUUAAUUCCACCGAAGAGUCACUGACAUUUCUGCAUGAAAAGUAUGUGAGAGCUGUUCAAAAGAUCCGCUUGCUUAAGAAAGAAAGGACCGAGAUACAGAAACAACUUGAACUCAAGGAUCAAGAAGUUCUUGGACUAAAUACCUUGCUGAAAGAAGCAGAGCAAAAUAACAGCAAAGUGCAGGACCAGGUCAAGUUGCUCCAGGUGGAUGUGCAAAGCAGCAGGAAAGACUAUGAGAAACUGUACACUGAAAUCCAGGGGCUCAGGAUGAAGAAGGAUCUUGAGGAACAGAGGGCUGAAAACAAAGCAUUACAAGCAUCCUUUUCAGAGAAUGAAGCCCAACUGAAAGAAGAAAACAGUAAAAUUCAUUCCCUGCUCACUCAACUGACAGAGGCCAGAGGACUGCUUCGCAGUGAGGUGCAGAAUUGCAGAGAAGCCUGCAAACGUGCAGAAAAAGCAGAGCAGGAAUUAAAGGAAGUGAACAGGAAGCUGGAGGAGAUGACCUUGAAACAGGCAGAGGAUGAGAAAACCAAGCAAAUCCAGGCACAACUUCAGCAAGCACAAGACAAAAUGUAUGAAAUGGCAGAGACAUCAACAUUAGACCGAGAGAAGCUUGUGGAAAAGAAUGAGGAACUGAAGGCAGAAGUAAAUAAGCUUCGUAUGGCAGUGAUCGACUACCAGGUUGCAUCUGUUGCUGCAGUGUCUGAUCAACUAUCCAACCCUCAAAACCCACCGGCCUCUCUGGAGCAGACAUACUCACCUGACUCUCAUUUCUAUGAGAGCAUUGAUAGCUUCAUAGGUUGGGCCAAUAAGAGUAAUCGAAAAAGGAAACUGUAAAAUUUACUUAAAUGUGCUGUAUGUAGGUUUUUGACUCAACUAAAGCAUAAAAAUACCAUAAAAUGUUUGCAGAUAUUUAAGAAACAUGCUAAGUGUAAAUACCUGUUUAUCUGAAAAACAAUGCUACAGUCAGUUAUUCUCCUUUGAAAAUGUGCGUUCCGGGCCGGAAUGUCAUUCACUGCCAGUUUACCCAAUUGUAUUUCGCCUCUCCGGGUUGCAGCGUAUUUCAUUUCAUUCAUCGUCAAGUGCGCUCGUUCCUGAUGGUGUCUUCAAUCUGGCAACCUGUGUGUGCAUCAAGUCUGAAGAAGGGACUGGGUGAAAAAAUCCCUCUCCAAUAUUUUGAAUUUGGAUUGCAAUCCCUAGUUCAACCACUCGGUGUCAAACCUACAUACAGCACAUUUAAAUGACAAAAAUGCAAGUAUUUCUAUAAAAUGGGUGUAUUAAACUCAUAACAUAUUUAUUUUCUACAUUAUAGCACAUCAUGCAGGAACAGAGAUACAGGUGUGCCAGCACUGUCAGGAGGGCUUUCCUGGCAUCAGCGAGGAUGAACUGACAGAACACGAGCGGUCUCACAAAGUGUGUCCACUCUGCACUCUGAUCUGUGACGAUAUGGGACAGCAGGAGUUUGAAAAUCACGUUUAUAGUCAUGAGGAUUAGUCAAUUCUGUUUUCUAUGUCUGAUAUGCUAUAAAGUGUGGUGGCACUUUUUAAAGUAGGACUUUCUAGAUAUAUGUCCCUUCUCUUUCAUUAUUAGGUGUUAUCUAUCUAAAAUAGGGAAAUAAAAGUGCUUUAUUAAAUCAUGUAAUUGGAACUGGA